AGCCAUUCUCACUCAAGAUCGUUGUUCCGGCCGAGACCAUGGCAGAAGGUGAGAGUGAACAUGACGGUGCCUUGAAGCGCUACGUGGCCAAGGUGCAAGAGCAUCGUGAAUUCGAAUCCAGGGUGAAGAAGUUGAGAGAGACCGUAAAGAAGAACAGCGUGGACUACGACAAGUCCGAAGAUCACCUCAGGGCGCUUCAAAGCGUUGGUCAGAUCAUCGGAGAGGUCUUGAGACAGCUCGAUGCUGAACGCUUCAUCGUGAAAGCUUCCAGUGGACCUCGCUACGUCGUGACGUGCAAAGUGAAGCUGGACAAGUCCAAGCUUGUCUCCGGAAGCCGUGUGUCACUAGACAUGACCACGCUCACAAUCAUGCGGCUGUUGCCACGUGAGGUGGAUCCGAUGGUCUUCAGCAUGUUGCACGAAGACCCUGGCAAAAUCUCCUACAGCGAUGUGGGCGGACUCACGGAGCAGAUCCGGCAGAUGCGGGAAGUCAUCGAGCUGCCAUUGACAAACCCGGAGCUGUUCAAACGUGUUGGCAUCAAGUCGCCCAAGGGAGUGCUCCUUUAUGGCCCUCCGGGCACCGGCAAGACGCUUCUGGCCCGUGCGAUGGCGCACAACAUGACGGCGUCCUUUAUCAAAGUGGUUGCAUCUGCAAUUGUGGACAAAUACAUCGGGGAAUCCGCCAGAAUCAUUCGAGAGAUGUUUGGAUAUGCCAAGGAGCACCAACCUUGCAUCAUCUUCAUGGAUGAGAUCGACGCCAUUGGAGGAAAGCGAUUCUCUCAGGGAACAUCGGCAGAUCGAGAAAUUCAGCGCACGUUGAUGGAGCUGUUGAACCAGCUCGAUGGCUUCGAUGACUUGGGCCGUGUGAAAAUCAUCAUGGCCACCAAUCGUCCUGACACUUUGGAUCCUGCCUUGCUACGACCUGGGCGAUUGGACCGAAAGAUCGAGAUUCCACUCCCAAACGAGCAGGCCAGGAUUGAGGUGCUGAAGAUUCAUGCAAAUCCCAUCACGAAGCAUGGAGAUAUUGACUAUGAGGCCAUUGUGAAGCUGACGGACAACUUCAACAAUGCUGACAUGCGCAACAUUUGCACAGAGGCUGGCAUGUUCGCCAUUCGUGCUGAGCGCGACUAUGUGGUUGAAGAGGAUUUCAUGAAGGCUGCUAGAAAGAUUGCCGACAACAAGAAGCUUGAGGGCAAGCUGGACUAUGAAAAGAUCUGAUCACACUGAAAUCUAGUCACAGUGGCAUCUUUCAAAGCCAAAGCCGCCCAACCCAUGGAGCCUGCCUUGACUUCUGAUGGCAAAGUGCGGUGAGCUAAAAA